AUGCCCCGAGCGGCUGUCUCCAGUGUGCGGCAUAGUAUGAUCACGCGCAGUCGCAUGGCCUCUCGGACUGUGAACGCGUCUUGCCCUGUGCCGAUUUCCAUUUUCGAAUUUUCCCAGUCUUCCGAACUAGAACGUUCUUGCUCUCGACACUCUUCUGCUUCGACAGCUUCCACAGCUGCGCCCGUUCUUCCUCGUCUCUCGUCACUUUCAUCCUGUCCAUCUUCCGCAGCUCCCGAAGCACCUCGUUCGUUUUCUUUCUGUUGGACGUCUCCGCCCGCCUCUCCCCGCUCCGCUUCCGACUUCAACGGGCCUCCUUCCCCUUCCACCGGGCUAUCCCACUGCGCCAGAAUGUCCGCGCGCCGCGCGAGCCCCUCGCCCGUCGGUGUACCCCGAGACCUAAGCAGCCGGCACGACACCGAGCUCGAGUCGCUUUCCACCUGCGACGGCGAGCGCAGUCUCUCCGUCUUCAGCGACGUCGACAAGACCGUCUGUUCGCCCAAGGAGCGCGGCGCGAUGGCGACCCGCAAGAAGGCCGGUCGCAGCCGCUCGGCCUCGCCCGCUCUCGCUGCGCUCUUCGCGAGCACCGACCCUCGCGACCACGUCUACGCCUUCUUCCCGGGGGGACGCGAAGCCGUGGAAUCAGCCGUCCACGAACUCAGCGGCCUCGAGGAGGACCGACAGGCCGCGUCGUACGAGGCGCGCCUGCUCUCGAGGCUCGAGCGCUCGCAGCGCCGGCGCCGAUGCGGAGGCGAGCCGCGCGCCUUCCGCUCCCUGGCGGCAACGACUCUCGGCUUCCUCUUCCUCUUGCUUCUGUACGUCCUGUGGCUCGUAGACGUCCAAACUGAGACGGUGUUGCCCGUCAUCCGAUGCAUCGGCCGCGUCCUCGCGCUCCCUUCGUCCCUUCUCGCUUUUUUCCGCGCCUCCACGGACUCGCUCUCCCCGUUCUUUGCGGCACUCUCGACUUCACAGUCGGCCGCGGAGACGCCCGACGCGCGAGACCUGGAGGCGGUCGCCUUUCCCUUCAUUUUUGAAAACGAAGAAGCGGACGCCGACCUCGCCUCGCGCAGACGCGUCUCGUUCGCUCAAGGGCGAGAACCUCGCGGGUUCGAUGGAACGAGGAAAAAUCGCGAACGCGGAGAGGAGGGAGAGGAGAUCGCGGUGCUGCAGCCUUGGAUGCCUUUGGUGAAUCAGCUUGACGAUUUGCUUAGAGGCGAGGGCACUCCGCUUGAGGAAGUGCAGCAAUCCGAGGGGACGCCAGACGACCUCAUAUUUCUGCCGCGGCUCACGAGGAGGCGCUCAGCGGGGCAGAGAGUCACCGCGUCUGCCUCCAGGCGCCAGGAGCGAGGCGACUCGAAACCGGACGACCUGCGCUGCGACGAGGGCGAGCCCAGCGAAGACUGGAAGGCCUUCAGCGAUCUCCAGCGCGCGUGCGCUGUCCCGUAUGGCGACGAGGACGCGGAGUUCACCCUGCCGCAAGGCGCUGCGGGGGCGACGCCUCUGGUGAGCAUCCCGCGAGCAUUUCUGCUUUCGUCUCGCAACGUGCCGCGCAGUCUUCGCGCCCGCUGCAGAGUGCCCUCUGACUCGUCCCCGUUCCGCGCCUGCACAGCCAACGAGCUCUUAAGCGUUUUGCUGAUCCGCGAGAAGCAGCUGCAGCGAGGCGUCCUUCGAGGCUUUUUCGCGACCGCGCGCAGCGGCUCCGAGUCCGCCAAAGAUCUCCGCAGCAGCCUGCGCGCCCGCCUGCCGCCUCUGCCGUUCUGCCUGCUAAAAAACACUAAGAAAAACGCCUUUUUCUUCAACGACGCUCACUGGGAAGCGCUGCAGCUUCUCUCGCUUCUCCAGAGAGCGCCUCUGGAAGAGUUUGUCGCCGGGGUCACGCAGGCAGCCAGAGCGUCGCAGACUCUCACAGGCGACGCGUCUGAGCAGCAACCCGAAGCCGAGAAGAGACAGCGCGAAGACGUCCGCGAUGCCGUGAGCAUCCUCUACAGCAAGGGCCUCUGGGAUCUCGACGGAAACAUCGCUGUCGCGCCGGCCGGCUACGAACUCGAGGGACGCUUCAAUCGCUACACCUGGAAUUCGGAUGAAGCAAUCAUGCACGAAGCAGCCGCCGCAAGCUUUGCCUGGAAAGCUGACCGCGAGCUUCCCUCGGGGUCGCAGAUCUCUGUCAACCAAGGGCAACUUAGCAGCGUCCACACUCUGCAUCGCUUCGGCGUUGUUGAGGCCUCGAAUCACUGGGGCCCGGUUUUCUUCUUUCGGCGACCGGAGAACGACCAGGAAGCACGCCCGCGUCCGCCGUUCGCUUCGACUCGUCAUGCGAACGGCAUCUCUGCGCCAGGUGAACUUCUUUUUCGCGCGUCGCCAGAGAAUCUGCAGCGACUGCCUUCGUGGAUGCGCAGAAGGCGCAUCGUCCCGAGAGACGGCACCAUGUGCUUCCACCCCGAAUAUAAGGCGGAGCAGGCUCACUACGGCUGCCCAGUGAUUGACGCUCCCGCGACCGGCGGCAGCCCCCACGAAGAGUGCGACCCCCUGCCCGAGCUUGACCGACCUAAGGCCCGCGAGACUGUGACGUCGGCCGGGCAGCCCGCGCUGGUGUGCGAUCCGUCGGUGUUUUUCAGUCGCACCUUCGGUCUCGGCUCUCUCGUUCUUCGCCGCGGCGGGCCUGUUGGCGGCUUUGACCGACUGUCUUACCUUUGCCUGCGCGAGCUGCUUGCUUCCGCGGACUCCCCGCGACGACGCGCGCCAGACGACGCCCGCGCAGAGGAGGACGAGGAAGAGCGCGAGGAGAUCUCGCUGGCGACGAAGGAGGCGCAUGUCGCGGGGCUGCUCAAAGAGGCCUGCUUCCUUCAACUCGACGCCACGCAGCAGGCCGUCAGACUCCUGAGCGAGGAGCUGACGCGGGGGGGGGGCGAGGAGACCGAGGGUGGGCAAGACGCUGGCGCCCCGCUGCUGGACUCGCUGGAAGCGGGAGAGACUCCAGAGAGGGAGCGGGAGGCCGCCGUCACCCGCAUGAUGCUCGCGGCUGCGAAGAGCGACGAAGAGCUCUUGCGAAAUUGCCUCACCUACUUCACCAAAGUCGAGAGAGAGGCAAAGAACUGGGCGCGCACGAGUGCGGAAUUCUAG